AAAAGAAAGAAAAAAAGGAAAAGAAAGAGGAACCGGGCUGAGCUAACGUUGGAGUUCCACGUCUUUAGACACACAGACUGUAGUUCCUCAUUUUAGAAAUCUCCUUUAUGAAAUAACUUGACUGACGUACAGCAGGACGACCGGACUUGAUGUUGUUGGCAGGUUUUAAUAAGCUCUAAACCUUCAGUGACAGAUCCCCCAUGAAGUCCAGACACUGGUGGUGGUGAUUGCUGAUGUGACUGAAGAGAAGAUGGCAGACCGGAAUAGACUGCAGAUCCUGUAGAGAAUGACGGAGAUGGGAAGGACUGAAGCAAAGAGAGAGAAAGGCUCAUUUAAACGGACCGCUACAAGAUGAUUGAGAUAGCGCCCUAGACAUAGAAAACUAGUCGUCCUCCAGGUUGAUAAUAUGACCUCAUUAUACCAGCGUGUCACCCUGAUACCAGAAGACCUCCUGAACACUCUGGAGGAAUUGAGACACCAGGAAUUCCAGGACUUCAAAUGGUAUCUGCAGCAGCCUGACAUCCUGACAGGCUGCCAAACCAUCAAAGCGUCCAGGCUGGAGAAGGCAGAGAGGCGGGACACCGUGGAUCUGAUGGUGCAGACCUGUAAACUUCAUGGAGCUCUGAAGGUGACCAAGAAGGUUUUAGGGAAGAUAAACAGGAAGGAUCUGGUGCAGAGUUUGUCAGACACCAGCUCAGAACCACAAGUGGAUGUCAGUGAUGGUAAAGAGACUUCAGAGAAAAGAGGACCUUCUUCCUCACAGACUGAAGGCAAAGUUGCUGUAUUCUCUGACGUGAUGGUUCCAGUACCAGUGCCACAACCCAGAUCAUAUUACCAAGAUGGUCUUCAGUCAAACCUCAAAGACAGAUUUAUGUGUGCGCAGCAGGGAUGGGUACAGAAGAAGGAUGAGCAACGUAUGGAUAAUAUCUACACAGAGCUGUACAUCACAGCAGGUGGUGACGUACACAUCAACACACAGCAUGAGGUCUUACAGAUUGAGACAGCAGGGAAGCCAGCAGACACUGAGAAACCAAUUCAACCCAGUGACAUGUUCAAGCACCCAUCUGGAGAAUACAGACCCAUCAGGACAGUUCUGACCAAUGGAAUCGCAGGAAUUGGAAAAACGUUCCUUGUACAUAAGUUUGUGUUGGACUGGGCCGAAGGACGAACCAAUCAAGAUGUGCAUCUCAUUUUUCCCUUCACCUUCCGACAGCUGAAUCCACUGAAGGAGGAAACGUUUAGUUUGGCAGAGCUCAUUCAUGAAUGCAUCAGGGAGACCAGAGACAUCAAGGAGGAGGCUCUGAAUCACAUCUUUACAACUCUGCAGUCAUCAGGAAACACCAACUUUGACAAAAGUCCAUUCAAACUUCUGUUUGUGUUUGAUGGACUGGAUGAGAGCCGCCUUCAUCUGGACUGCUUCACUAAUCGAAAGCAGAAUGAAUACUUUAAUGUUACAGAGUCCACAUCAGUGGAUGUGCUGCUGGCAAAUCUCAUCAAGAAGAAUCUGCUUCCGUCUGCUCGCCUCUGGAUAACCACACGACCUGCAGCAGCCAAUCAGAUCCAUUCUGAUUUUAUUGACAUGGUGACAGAGGUCAGAGGGUUCAAUGACCCACAGAAGGAGGAGUACUUCAGGAAGAGAUUCAGAAAUGAGGAGCAGGCCCGCACCAUCAUCUCCCACAUCAAGACAUCACGAAGCCUCCACAUCAUGUGCCACAUCCCAGUCUUCUGCUGGAUCACUGCUACAGUUCUGGAGGAUGUGUUGAGCAGAGAGGGAGGAGAGCUGCCCAAGACCCUGACUGAGAUGUACAAUGAAUUCCUGGUGUUCCAGAUUGAUCAGGCAAAAGAAAAAUAUGGACCAGAAAAGUGUGUUCAGUACAUUAAGUCAUUAGCAAAACUGGCUUUUGAGCAGCUGGAAACCGGCAACCUGAUCUUCUACGAGAAAGACCUGAUAGAGAGUGGCAUUGAUGUCAGUGGAGCCUCGGUGUGCUCGGGAGUGUUCACACAGAUCUUUAAAGAGGAGCGUGGAAGGAAGAAUGAUGAAAAGAUGUUCAGCUUUGUCCAUCUGAGCAUUCAGGAGUUUCUGGCAGCUUUCUAUGUAGAGAAGUCUCUUGUUAACAGAAACAAGAAUGUCAUGUCUGAGCCAGGGCAAACUUGUGGUGGACAUGUACGAAUGGUUUUGAGCAAAACAUCUAUGAGAGAGCUCCACAGGUUUGCUAUUGACAAGGCCUUACAGAGUCCAAAUGGACACCUGGACUUGUUCCUCCGCUUCCUCCUGGGUCUUUCACUGCAGACCAAUCAGACUCUCCUACGAAAUGUACUGAAAAAGAAAAGAAGCUUACAGACCAAUCAGGAAACAGUCAAGUACAUCAAGGGAAAGAUCAGUGAGAAUCUGUCUGCAGAGAGAAGCAUCAAUCUGUUCCACUGUCUGAAUGAACUGAAUGAUUGUUCUCUAGUGGAGGAGAUCCAACAGUACCUGAGAUCAGGAAGUCUCUCCACAGAUAAACUGUCUCCUGCUCAGUGGUCAGCUCUGGGCUUCAUCUUACUGUCAUCAGUAAAAGAUCUGGAUGAGUUUGACCUGAAGAAAUACUCUGCUUCAGAGGAGGUUCUUCUGAGGCUGCUGCCAGUGGUCAAAGCCUCCAACAAAGCUCUGCUAAGUGGUUGUAAUCUGUCUGAGAGAAGUUGUGAAGCUCUGUCUUCAGUUCUCAGCUCAAAGUCCUCUAAACUGAGAGAGCUGGACAUGAGCAACAAUGACCUGCAGGAUUCAGGUGUGAAGUUGCUCUCUUCUGGACUGGAGAGUCCACACUGUAAACUGCAGACUCUCGGGCUUUCAGGCUGCAUGGUUACAGAGGAAGGCUGUGCUUCUCUGGCCUCAGCUCUGAGCUCCAACCCCUCCCAUCUGAGAGAGCUGGACCUGAGAUACAAUCAUCCAGGAGACUCAGGAGUGAAGCUACUAUCUACUAGACUGAAGGGUCCACACUGGAGACUGGACACUCUUAGACUGGAUCAUGGUGGAGAGCAGAGGCUGAAGCCUGGUCUGAGGAAGUAUUUCUGUGAACUCACACUGGACACAAACACAGUCAACAGAAGACUCAAACUGUCUGAUAACAACAGGAAGGUGACACAUGUUAAAAAGAAGCAGCCAUAUCCUGAUCAUCCAGAGAGGUUUGAUGUCUACUAUCAGCUGCUGUGUAGAAAUGUUCUGACUGGUCGCUGUUACUGGGAGGUCGAAUGGAGAGGAACAGUUCAUAUAUCAGUGAAUUACAGAGGAAUCAGACGGAAAGGAUUCGAUACUGACUGCAGGUUUGGAGGGAAUAAUCAGUCCUGGAGUCUGAGGUGCUCUGAUGGUCAUUACUCUGUCUGUCACAAUAAAAGAGAAACCUCCCUUCCUUCCUCUUCCUCCUCCUCCUCCUCCUCCUCUGUCUCUAACAGAGUAGCAGUGUAUGUGGACUGUCCUGCAAGCACUCUGUCCUUCUACAGAGUCUCCUCUGACACACUGAUCCACCUCCACACCUUCAACACCACAUUCACUGAACCUCUGUAUGCUGGGUUUGGGUUUAGCUUCCAGUCUGGUUCCUCAGUGUCUCUGUGCUCAGUGUAGGAGAGAAAAUAUGCUGACAAAUUGACAAACUGUUGACUGUUUGAUGAACUUUGUGAAAAAGACAACAACAAAUCUGAGGACUCAUCAGCUAACUUAACACACACAUCGCAGUGGACCUCUACAACCUGGUCGGCCACAGUGCAAUCUCAACACAAAUAGUGCAACCGUAUGACACUAAACUGAACUGUAAGAUGCUCCAAUCACUGAUGGAUGGACAUCAAUGACAUAUAUGCUGAUGACAGUCAAUUGUAUAUGAGACACAUUUACUUUUUGAAUAAGUGUCAACUCCAACACGUGCAAGCAUCUCUACAGUCUGUAAAUCUACAUAAAUGUGAUCCAUCAAUCCUUGUCAGGUAAGUAUGAGAAUCAAUAUAAUGUGACUUUCUUUUAUUUAAUGACUUGUGGCUUAUUAGAAGGAAGUGAGUUGAGUGAAUGGCUCGAUAAUUAGUUAGCAAAAAGUUGCAAAUGUCACAUUAGGUAUUAUAGAGAUUUAUAGUGUCUUGUUGCAAAUGUUGAACCAUAGACUGUAUAUAAGAAAUGGACGUAACAUCCGUGAAGUCACCCAUUGGUUUGUGGACUGCUGCUCGGAGGCCAAUAGUAUCGAACCUGUGAACCAAUCAACCUGUCAAUCACGACGUAGCCACGCCCUAAUGCAUACCCUGCUUUAUCGUCACAUAUAAAAUCAGGGAGGCCAAAAUGUCCCAAAUGAACAUCAUACUGCAUUGAAGAAGGCUUUAAACUAGCGAUUGAGACCAUAAACACAUUUUGAAAACGUUUACUGAGGUUAGAAAUCAAGUGAGAAGUUGGUGAAUUCUCCAUUGACUUGUAUAGAGACGGAAGUCCUUUUGACACCAAAACGGUCGCCCCCUGGUGGCCUUUUGAUAGAAUGCAGUUUUAAGUUACUUCCUCGUUGGCCUCAUUUCAGAGGACCGGAACUCCCCGCCUGGACUGAACACAAUUUUUAAAGUGUAAAAUUGAGUUAUUUUGAUUGUGAGUAUUCAGCCCCACUGAGGUUCUGAACAGCCUCACAUGUGUAUAAUAAUGCAAAAAUGUGAUUUGUGUGAUGGUUAAAUCAUAAACAUGGAGCAAAUGGCUGCUAGUAAUCAGUUAUGACAAGUUAUUUUCAGUUUGGCUUCAAUAGAAGCUUCUCCAUGAAUGUCAACUAAAUGUAAAACUUCCUCAUGUAUCUAAUGAACCGCUUUCACUGUUGUUGCUCCUCCAUGGUUAUUUUUAGCAGCUGUGAGCUGUCGACACUGAAUGAUGAUGACAGGUGAUCUACACCUAAUGCAAUGUAACUGAUGGGGGACGAAAUCCACAAAAGGGCCAGAAGCCAAAAAUCUGGGAACACAGCGUGAUUUAUAAUUUAAUCUUUGAUUUUUGCUGAAAUAUUGGAUCAUUUGAACAUUUAUUGAAAUGAAAGCAUGUGAGAAGUUUAGAGGGAAAAAUCAGUAUUUGGUGGAGCUGUUAACAACUCAUAGACAUCUGAAAUGUGAGCCGACUACACACUGCUUUCUGGUUUCAUCUUUAACAAUGUGUUGUAUUUAUAAAGCUUGUUAUA